AUGCUGAAAUUCUUUCUUCCUCAUGGUCCUGAAGGACCUCCGGGAAAACCAGCGCCCUCAGCACUUCAACUGGCCAGAAAAUCACAAAUCGCCUUCUACAUCGGCUUGUCACAGAACAUUGAACAAGUUCCACCCGAUGACAACUGUCUUCUCAUUUUUGACACCGUCAUCCUCAACAUAGGUGGUUUCUACAACGCUACCAGUGGUGUAUUCACCACCAAAGUUAGUGGAGUCUACAGUUUCCUCUUGGUUGUUUCAGCACGAAGUUAUGAGAAGGCAAGCGCCUGGCUCCUUUUAAACGGAGAGAAGGUAUUGUCGGCUUGGUGCGAGAGUAAACCUUGGGCAAGCGCAACAAAUCAAGCGAUUCUCCAACUCAAACGGGGUGACAAACUUUGGCUCCAAUGCAGUAAGGAGGCCUAUCAUCUCCAUGGCUAUCUUUACAGCAGUCUCUCGGGUCACAUGCUCUACCCAUCUCUUGAAGAAAUGGAGGAACCUUUGCAGUCGGAAUAA